UGACUUCGUGUGAAAUGUGCUGGUAGUUUCUUUGAACUUAUGUAGCGUUAGACAUGGAGCCUCUGGAUUUUUACAUGAACUUGACAAUACAACCCACAGAUGCGGUAUACCCAUUUUGUGAGAACUGGAGAGACACUUCGGAAGGCUCUGCGUUGCAACUCGCCAACAUUUUUCUGUUCUUUGGUUUCAUGGGCAACAGCAACUUUUAUGGAUUACUAUAUCUAUUCAGCUGUCUGACUGUGGGAUUCUUCUGUUCCACUCUGUGGGCAUGGUCAGACAACUGCACAACAGACUCUUUCCUGUGGAGUUUCGCACUCUUCGGGGUUUGCUUUGGACAAGUUCUGCAUGUUGCUUAUCGGCUGAAGAGUGUGUCCUUCAAAAGGGAAUUCCAGGAGCUUUACAGGUGUAUGUUUAAAAAACUAGGAGUGUCACUCACACAUUUUGGAAAGAUCGUGGCCUGUUGUGACGGAGAAGUUCACGCCAUAGAGAGGGACCACUGUUUCGCCAUUGAAGGAAAAACCACUAUUGAUAAGCUGUCGGUGCUCUUGUCUGGCAGAAUACGUGUGACAGUUAAAGGAGAGUUUCUGCAUUUCAUCUACCCUUUCCAAUUUUUGGACUCACCGGAGUGGGACUCCCUUAGACCAUCAGAAGAGGGUGUAUUCCAGGUAACCUUGUGUGCUGAUAACGCCUGCCGAUAUGUGGGGUGGAGGAGGAAGAAGCUCUACCUGCUUUUUGCAAAGCAUCGCUACAUAGCAAAGAUCUUUGCCCUGGUUGUGCGCAAUGACAUUGCAGAGAAGCUGUGCUCCCUUAACGACAAGGCUCUCAACAGGUCAGGGCACCGAUAUGAUAUCCGUUUACCAAGUUACUGCCACAUGACUGGGACUGAAUUAGAAAAGGCAGAUGUCUUCCUGCAAGUGCCAAUAUAGGGGGCAAGGACUGCCUGAACAAACUCACUUGUGUAUGCACAUAAACGCACACCCAAAAACAUACAAAACGGACUCCUUGCAUGUUGUCAGUGUAAUUUAGUUAGCGUCAGUGAGCAAUCAUCUGCACCAUGUCGGGCAAGAGUGGGUGGUAGUGAAAUCAGGGAUCCAACCAACAAGACCCUAUUCUACUACUGAGGCCCCUGUGUGAAUGUCAUCCUUCUAAUUCAAAUUUCCUGAUGAGAAGGCUAUGGUAUGAACACUAGAUCACUAUGCUAGCAGUAUUAUCAACUAAAAAAUAUUUAUUUGGCACUUUUAGCAACUUUUGUACCAAGUGCUAAAAUAAACGCAAUUUUUGUGUGAGGGAGCAGGCGCUCAGCUCGUGCACAGGCAGCUGUCGGCUGGAAAGCGAUGCCUAGUACAUACAUCCUUACUUGAGUUAAGUUGCUUUUUCACUAUAUACCUUUAUUAUUUGCUUGUACCUGGAAUGGUUGAUGAGUUUGGUAGCACGUUGACUAACUAGACUGCUUAAUUGUUGAGAAUAUAGAGGUUUACUAAUUAAUAAGAAAGAAAUCUAAUUGUUCAAUAAUGUGUGAUGUGUAAAUGUUUAAUAACUCAAUGAUGUAUUUAAAAAAUAUCUAAUCAUAUAAAAUAUGUUGUUUAUAUUACUUCUUCAAAAAACAUUGUGAUAAUGAACAAAAUAAAUCUGAACUAACAUACAUCGAAUCGUAUUUUUGGCCGAGAUGUCCAGUCAAUUUGAGUAGCGUUGUUUUAAAAGUAAUGACACUGUUUUACGUCAUUACUUAACCACGCAGUGACAUCACAAAGUCAUUUAGCAACUUUUCCGGGGAGUAUUGCACGAAACAAGGAUAAGGGAUUAAGCAAGGAUAUUUAGGUUAUUCUUGAGGUAUUUAGCUUGGACUUGGUUGCACGAAAGGAGGUUGAAUUAAACCCGGCCAAGUAACCAUGGCGAUUCAUUCUUUGGAGGCAGCCUGCUGGAGCAGACCAGGAUUAAACCUGCAGUCUCAUGUGUUAAAUCAGCUGCCGCUCUGAUCCGAAACAAACGUGUUUAACAGUUAUUCCGUUGUGUUCCGAUUUUUAUUAACAUGCAUUACUUGUCACUAUUGCUGUCACCAGUUUGAUUUUAAACCCUACUUUUGCAGUUGUUUAGAUCAGUGGUCACAAACCGUUUUCAUUUAAGACAAUAUUUUGCGGACCGGAAGAAGGUCCGGUGGAUAAAAAGCACGUCGAAAUA